CAGAGUAGACGAUAUUUUAACUUGUACUGUAGCUGAGCACUUGUGCCUUUAGUGUUGUGAGUACGAUGGAGCUGCAGCAUCGUUUUUCUGUGUCUCAGAAUGAAUACGAACAACACGGUGAUACAGAUAUAGAGGACAGAGGCAGGCAGAUAAAUGAAACUCUUAAAACAGAAGAUAUUUACCAAAGUCUUGAUGUUCCACCAGCAGACCGAAGAACUGUUAACCGAACUGGACUAAAGUCAGAAAAGCCUUGUAAGGGGAAUUAUGUGUAUUUACUGUUUGCCGUGAACAUCCUUCUCUUGGUCGUCAUCCUUGCCAUUGUGGGCUUAAAUUACUCUCACAACCAAGAAAAACAAACGAUAAAAGGACAAACAGAAGUGUGGCUUCUGUACAACAAUGUGUUUUAUUUGUUCUGGAGUGACGACAGUGACUGUAACGCUGCCAAAAGCUUCUGCUCAAAGAGAAAUGCCACCUUGGCCACUGUAUCAGAGCUUAAUAAGGGCUGGCUGAUCUCCAGAACCAAUGAAAAGCCAUUUUGGAUCUUACAAGCCCCUUCAGAGGGAUCCGGAUCAUCAUAUGUGGAUGAUGAAGAUCAGGAGUGUGGCUUCAUUAGCUCUGAUGUUGAUGCAGAUUUUGGAGAAGGGUUUGUGUGUGCGAGAAGAGUGAAUAUUGACAGCUCUUUGGAAACGAUUUACCGAUUAACAAAAGGGGAGUUUCAAGGGUUUUAAGGGAGUGUCUACCCUCUGAUGGUCGUCUAAAAGAGCGCCUGCAUUACCUUUUUUUUGUGCUAUUUUUGUAUAACUUUAUAGGCUACUGAUUUAUUGUGCUAUUAUUUGACUGUAACUUUUCAAGAUUAACUAUGCUAUAAUAAUAAAAAAAAACAUUUAU